AUGUCGCAAAGCAACACAGACUCACUACCGGAGACUACAACGGCCAACUCGCCCACCGCUCCGACACUAGACCAGGACUUUUACACCUGGACCACCUUCUUCAACAUUCUGACCGGAGGCGCAACGCCGCAAGAAAGAGAAGCCUACUUCGACAUCAAAGACACAAUCAACGAGGAGCGCGACAUUAAGCGCGCAGAAAAGAACCGCAAAUGGCUGCUCGAGUACUCGCCCAUAGUGAGGUUUAUGCGCCACAACAUCAACUUGCUCGGCCAUGACUUGAAUGAGACAAACAUGCGCGUUAAGCGCUGCACCACACAACAGAGCGGUGGCUUUGACCCAGAGUUUGGAAUCUUAUUGUGCGCGAACAAGUUCAGGAAUAGAGGACAUAUGGAAGAUACCAUGGCGCAUGAGAUGGUCCACGCUUACGAUCAUCUGAGGUUCAAGCUAGAUCCUCUGGACCUCAGACAUGCUGCCUGUAUGGAGAUCCGCGCAUCGACUUUGUCAGGAGAAUGCCGCUUUGGCCGCGAGUUCUUCACUCGCGGACAGUGGANNAACAUCACACAGCAGCUGCAAGAGUGUGUACGAAGGAGAGCCACCUUGUCGGUUGCCAACAGACCAAGCUGCAAGGACAAUGCACACGCUGCUCGAGUCGUCGACGAGGUCUGGGACAGCUGCUUCAACGACACCAGACCAUUCGACGAGAUCUACAAGUGA